AUACGACAAACUUGACAGUGCGGACUUAGCUAUCAACCGCGACAGACGAACUCGUUCGAGAAUUGUCGUACACGAAGUAAUCUAGUUCCACAAGUUUUCUAUAUUAUCGUGAUCCUUGAUCCAUUCGUAAUCGCCAUGAACGAAUAAGAAAAUGUAGUGUCACUGUCGAUACAGCGUUUUAAUUGCCGUCGUCUAUCAUGGGACCAGCCGUGUGUAAAAUUUAAACGAGUGAUUUAUCCGAAUUUUCAAACAAUUUUUGCAAUUCACGUACUUAACGGCCAGAAUGGUUGCGAAAACGCAAAAAAAGCCUAUGAAAUAUCCGAGGUCGAUAUUCUUCAUCAUCAGCAAUGAAUUCUGCGAGAGGUUUUCCUUUUAUGGAAUGCGCACGGUGUUAACGCUUUAUCUGAAGGAUUAUCUUAAGAAGAAUGAUACUGAUGCUAUGGUCAUCUACCACGUCUUCACGAUGUUCGUCUACUUCUUUCCCAUAUUCGGAGCGAUGAUAGCCGAUGCCGUGCUUGGAAAAUUUCGGACCAUACUCUACUUGAGUAUUGUCUACGCUCUGGGACAAGUCCUCUUAUCGCUAAGCGCAGUCCCUCCUUUAGGAAUACCGUCUGAAGAAUUUUCGUUUCUCGGCCUGAUCCUGAUAGCCCUCGGCACGGGUGGCAUAAAACCUUGCGUGGCCGCAUUCGGCGGUGACCAAUUCGUGUUACCUCAACAGGAACGAUACUUGUCCACAUUCUUCUCCUUGUUUUACUUUUCCAUUAACUCCGGAUCCCUGAUCUCGAGUUUCCUCACGCCCGUGCUUCGCAGCAACGUAGCUUGCUUCGGUGACAAUUCCUGUUACUCGCUGGCCUUCUUCGUCCCGGCUGUACUUAUGUCCGUGUCCAUCAUAAUAUUCAUCUGCGGUAGACCACUGUAUAAAAUACUCAAACCGACGGGCAACGUCGUAUUGGACGUUUCCAAAUGCGUUUCUCACGCGAUCUACAGGAGAGUAAAGACGAGUGAGAAAAGAGAUCAUUGGCUUGAUCACGCGGAUGAUGAAUACGAUGGAUCGCUGAUAAAUGAUAUCAAAGCUGCGUUGAAAGUCAUGGUACUGUUCAUACCCAUACCGGUGUUCUGGGCGCUGUUCGAUCAGCAGGGCUCGCGAUGGACGAUACAGGCGACUAGAAUGAACGGCGAAAUCGGCAGUUACAUAUUCCUACCGGAUCAGAUGCAAGUACUCAAUCCAUUGCUCGUGUUAAUAUUCAUACCUCUAUUCGAAGUUGCCAUUUACCCGUUAAUGGAGAAAAUCGGGCUUCGCACACCGUUGAAGAAACUGACUAUCGGAGGAUUGUUGGCGGCUUUAUCGUUCGUGAUAUCGGCGAUUGUUGAACUUAAUCUCGAGCCAACGUAUCCAGUUUUGCCAUCGGAAGGCCUCGCUCAGUUACGCGUUUUCAACACUCUCAAUUGUCCUGUGAACGUGACCGUGCCCGAUAAUCUGACAUUCAUUGUAGAUAAUAUGAAAAUGUCCGAGUUCGACAUUCCCGUGAAAUACACGCAAGACUUAAACUACAAGAUAGACUUUAGUAAAUGUAAAGAAGCGGGUAUAUUAGAAAUAGCUGAGAAAACAGGAAGUAUUCCGAUACACGAAGCGCGAGCCAAUUCUUGGGCGAUCAAUCCCGUCAGUGGAUUUUUUGCUUACGAAGAUUCGAUAGAUAAAUCUAGCAAUGGUGAUCCUUUCAUAAGAAGUCUUAUCUACGUGGAUCCUAAAGACACAUCUGGAGUAUUAGAUUUGAGAAACGAAGACGGUAAAUCGGUCCUUAAAUGGGACAUACAGCAGGAAUUUAACGUAACUGAUUUAUCCGGCAUCAAGCCAGGCAUAUACGAUAUUUAUUUCAAAAAUGAAAAAGUGAAAUCCAAUGUACGUCUGCAAUUGGGCGGAGUUUACACAGUGGUUGGAUCCUUGAUAAAUGGCAAACCAGGAGUUGAUGUUGUUACCGUAACCGAACCGAAUUCAUUGCACAUAAUGUGGUUAAUACCUCAGUACAUUGUCAUUACAAUGGGCGAAGUGAUGUUUUCUGUGACUGGCUUAGAAUUCGCGUUCACGCAAGCACCGAUCAGUAUGAAGUCCCUCUUGCAAGCUACCUGGCUACUGACCGUAGCCUUCGGCAAUCUCAUCGUAGUUAUCAUCGCGGAGAUAUCGAUUUUUAAUCGACAGUUUUACGAAAUCCUUUUGUUCGCCGGACUGAUGUUCGUUGACAUAAUCAUUUUUGCUGUAAUGGCGAAAUUCUACAAAUACGUGGAAAUUCCCGAAGAGAGUUCGAUUUCCGAAGAAAUCAAUAUGGAGCUGAAAGGUGGACAACUAAACGCGUCUUACAAGGACGAUGAGAAGUGACCUAAUUAGCUAACAACAAAAAAUAUUGCACUCGUAUAUCUCUCGCCUAUUUUGCAUAAAAAAUACGGAUUCGUGACAUUUAGGACAAUUAUUUUAUUUAUAUAUAAUAUUUUUAUAUAAAAUAAAAUUGACGCGAAACUUAUGCGCAAUCACUUACGGA